UUUUAUUGGGCUUUUUCUUUCUGUUUUAGGCCUAAUUUGGGACAAAAGGACAUCCUCUCCCUGGAAGCAGCCCACUGUGCGGCACAGCCCUGAACAUGACCAUGGAGAGUUUUGCAGAGUUCCUGAAUAAGCUCAAGGAAAUCCAUGAGAAAGAGGUCCAAGGUCUGCAGAGCAAGCUGACGGAGCUGAUGACCGAGAAGUGCCGCGAUGCUCAGAGAAUUGAAGAGUUGUUUGCUAAAAAUCACCAGUUAAGGGAACAACAGAAGGUCCUUAAAGAGAACGUGAAGGUGUUAGAAAACAGGCUGCGAGCGGGUCUCUGCGACAGAUGCAUGGUCACCCAGGAGCUGGCCAAAAAGAAGCAGAAUGAGUACGAGACCUCCCAUUUCCAGAGCCUGCAGCACAUCUUCAUCCUCACUAACGAGACGAACCGGCUGCGGGAAGAGAACAAAACGCUCAAGGAAGAAGUGAAGAAGCUCCGGAGCCUGGAGGACAGGGCAAAGCCCCCAGGAGUCACCUCCAGGGAAAGCAGCUCCACUCCCAGCUCCCCAUUGCCACUGCUGUCCCCAGUGAGCAGGAAUGCCAGCACCGAGAAAGCAGCUCACAGGGAAGCAGAAGAAGCCCACCACGAUGGGCCAGGCCUCGAGCUGGAAGAAGAGAAGCCUGCGGGGCAGAGAAGCCAGAGAAGCUCUCCAAGCAGCAGGACUUCCCCAAGCACUGUCCUGCAGGAAGUCAGCCUCGCAGAAGUGGCAUCCCAGAGGAUCGCCAACCAAUUGCAUGGAACCAUUGCCCUGGUGAGACCCGGCUCCAGAUCCUGCCUGCUGGAAAGAAGUCCUUCGAGGGCAGCUGUGUCCCCACCGGCCAGGAAGACGGAACGCGAGCACAGCCCCAGCCUUGAGGCUUAUUUGUCAGCAGCUAAACCGGACUCGCCCAAGGCUGUUCCAUCCUAUGAAAACCUCAAACUGAUCGCCCGGAGAGAGCAGCUCUGCCUGCUCCACAAGCACCUUUCCCUGCAUCAGUUGGGGCUGGCAAGCGACUAUGCCCCUGCCGACCGGGACGGCAGCAGCUUCUCCAGCCACUUGCUCAGAGCCAAAGAUGCUGAUGGCAGGACGCGGCCACGCGACGGCUGGGAGGACCACGCAGCCUUGCUGAAGCUCCCGGCCGCCAUGGUGUAUGUGAGGGACCAGCACCUGGAGGAGAAGCUGCAGCUCCUCAGGCACAGGGACCGGCUGCAGCAUCUCCUCAUGCAGCAGUGCCAGCCAGGCCCGCGGGCAGAUGGAGACGCAAAGCUUCCCCCGGAGGAGAGGCCCCUCUCCCCAUGGCCGAGCACCGCACCAGGGUGCAAGGAGGAGAGGUCCUUCCUGGAGGAUGCUGCAGAUGGGAAGGAAGAGAAGGAGCUUUGGCUGAGCCGGGACAGCUCCGAGCUCCGAGGGAAGGCAAAGGCAGCAAGGGAUGAUGGCGCAGACGCGCCGCUGGACCUGUCAGACUCUGGCCGAGGCAGGGGAAGGGGCUGGCACCACCGCCGGGAGCCGCGGAGCCCCGGGGACAGCCCCGCAGUGCCGGCAGCCCAUGGUCCCCAUGGGAGACAUGGGGCAGAGCGGGAUGUCUUGUGCUUCCCCCCCUACCGCUGGCCCAGUGCCACCCAGGCACUGCCUGGUGCUGGUGAGGAGGAGGAGGAGGAGGAGGAUGCAGCUGUGCUCACAGUCUCCCGGGCACAUCCGACAAACAACUCCACACCGAGCGACCCAGAGGCCCCUGCAGAGGCCGGGGUGAGGCUGGAUGUCAGCGCACAGAAGGGAGAAGCAGAUGAGAACGAUGCUGAGUCUGGGAAGCAGGAAUCUGAUGAGCCAGACACGACGGACAGCGAGGUGGCUGCCCCAUAUGAAGAUGAUGUCCCACAAGAAGCCCAGGCUGAUGGGAAGUAUUUUUGCACCAAAGACAAAGCUUACACUCUGCAGAAGAAGAGAAAAAGAGGACAUGAUCCCUGGACAAAAGGAGCUAAGAAGCCAAUGAGGGGAAGAAAGAAAGUCAAAGUGGAGCAGUGCUCAGCGGGGAGCACGAAGGAAUCAGAGAACAGCUCCGCUUCCCACAACGCUGCCUCCGAGGAGACCUAACAGCAGGGCAGGAUGAGAAGUGACACAGACACUGCAGAGCGAAGGAGAGGGCUUGGGCACCUCAGCAUCCCACCCGUGCUGGGAGAGCAGCUCCUCCUGCCCUGCUGGGCCAGGCAGUGGGGAACCCAUAAGGACUCAUUGAGUAGAACACCCUGGGAAUCCUCACUUGGUGCCCCAGGAGAAGCCAGGCAAGGAAGAGCCAUGCGGGUGAUGCCUGGAGCAGCCAGGUCCCUGCUGAUGGAGCAGCACGUUCAGUGCCCCCCCCCUCCCAGCCCUGCACUGGAGCAGACCUGUGCUGGGAAGGAGAUGCCCUCCUUGCAGCACUCACUGUGGUCAGGACCGUGCUCUCCCCUGGGAUUUCAUGGAAGGAGAAUGGACCCCCAGAUCCCAUGUACUGGCGCCAGUGGCUGGACAAAGGG